CACUCCCUCCCUCUCUUCUCCCCUCCUUUCGUCUCUUUCUCCUCCUUCCUCAGGCCGCAUGUCUUCUUGAGCCAGCCCGGGGCCUGUGCUGGCUCGCGCAGUUCCGCCUUUCGAAGCAUUCCAGGCCAGCGCUCCCGCCCGCGUUUCCUCCCGUCCGCUCCGGGGUUGCCAGAGAGGACCCUGGCCCAGUGUGCCCCCCCUUGCUUUUCGCGCCGUUUUGCCCCAGAGGUCCGACGCCCAUGGCCUGGGCCUGGGGCCUCCUCCUGGCGACCUCCGAGGCCGGUGCUCGCCGAGAUGACGGCGGGCGGCAGCGGGCUAUCCCUGGAGUACCUGGCCGGGCUCGGGGCCCCCUUCGCGGCACCCGGGCCCGCCGAGGCCGCGAGAGGCCUGGCAGCCGACGCCUGCAGCGAGGGCUCGGCGGGCCACGGCGGCGGAGCCGCGGGGCCGCCGCAGGGCGGCGGGCGGCCCGGGCCUGCCGCCGGGGCCGGCGCGGCCGGCGCGGCCGGCGCGGCCGGCUGCGCGGCGGCGCCGCUGACCUUCGAGCGGCUCGCGUCCGGGCCUGUCGCCGGCGGGAGCGGGCUCGGGGUCCUGAGGGUGGACGCCUCGCGGGCGCGGCUGGGGAACCCCGAGCAGCAGACCUCGGAGGGGGACCGGCGGCUGCUGGACGAGGGCCUGCAGGGCUGCAUGCGGGCGCUGGCCGACCACGGCUUCCUGGGCGGGGCCCGAGGCCCAGGCCCAGUCUACCUGUCCCUCCACCCGCCGGUGUACACGUGCGAGCAGGCGGAGCGGCUGUGCCAAGCACCUGCGUCGGGUGCCCCGGAGACGAAAAACUUGUUCGUCAAGGACAAGAAAAAGAAUUUGUUCCUCAUAUCUGCCCUUGUGGGCACUGAUAUUAAGCUCGGCAAGUUGAGGCUCAAGGGCAUGGCAUCUGGCGGGGCGUCGUUCGCUUCCAACGAUGUCCUCUUCGACGUGUUGCGGCUGAUUCCAGGUAGCGUGACACCAUUCGGCCUCAUCAACGAUUCUCCCGCCAAGCUUGGACAGGGGCCCGAUGGCAACGCAAUCUUGCCCAGGGUAACAUUUUAUCUGGAUGCCAACGCUCUUCGGCACGAAUACCUGGCAUUCCAUCCGAACGCUUGCCAUGCGACGCUGGAGAUGCCACGCAGCAUGUUCAUAGACUUCAUCGAGAAUGUCACGGGGCACGAAGUGAACAUACUGGAGAGCCCUGGGCAGUGAGCUCCGUCUCCGUGGUCUGCAGCCCAUGAGGCGGUGCCCCCGACGCGCACGCAAACGAGGGGGCUCCCGUGGCGCAGACUGGCCGCCCUGGCUGCAGGUCACGAUCUCGGUUUUACCUGGCGAGGUUGGUCGAGCGGCUCCCCGCGUCUCCAGGCCGCGCAAAUCGUCUCCGUUCUCCUCCCUCCCUCCCCUUCCUCUUCCCCUCUUCCCUUCUGCCUUGUACCUGCGUCCUGCCUCGCCUCCAUGAGUACUGCAAACUGCGGAGCUUCGGAGCGCGGUCCAACGCAGAAACCACGCCAGACCUCGUCUCCCUGGGGGCUGCCAAGUGCGAAACUGACGCCUCUUUUGUGGGCUGCUAAGAGGUUCAACGCGGCGCGCCACUACGCAAAACUGGACGGGAGUUCGCCAGCGGAUUAGGCUGCGCUGUUGCGCAAUGUGGGUGCCCAUGCCCAAGCGCUCAGGGCCGCGGCCUGGCAGCAUUCCUGCAUAAUUUAGCAACGUUGCUGUCGGAGGUUCCCUCGGCGGGUUGUGCGUGCCCCUGCGCUUGCCCUCGCCACUGUUGCGGAGUCUGCUUCGGCCUGUCAGGGCCGGGGUUCCAGCUCGCCAUCGCGGAAUGGCCGCGCGCCGACUCGGCACUCGGCACGCGGCCAAUCCGCGCCCUCGGCACUGCGGAGGGCGCGGAUUUAUCAAUCAGAGACGCCUGCUCGCACAAGUACGGGGCGGAGGCUGUACAGACUGUACAGAUGUGGUCUCGCGCCAGCGCCGAGGUCUAUCGCCUGUGAUCGCCGCCGCCGCGGGCGCGAGGGUGCUUGGCGACUCGCCGAGCAGGCCGAGACGCCGCCGGGCAUCCGGGCAUCUAUAAACGAGUGCACGGGUAUGCGUGUCGUUCUCUGGGGCUCAGACCUGCUGCAGCCUGCUUGCCUGCUGCUGCUCCUCCGUCUGGGACGGUGGCUGCGAUGAUCUUCCUGGACGGUGGACGCG